GUCUUCUCGAGCAAGCAAAGUGUGAAUAUUGAAUACAAAGUCAUGGCUUCGAUUUCGUCAACUCCACUCUUAAAUUCUACAUCGCUUUCACCUCUAAGAUUCCCCAAUUUCUCUUCUCCGUCUCCGUUCGCUGGAUCCUGCCGAUUUUCACACCGUAAUUUGGGACCAUCUCUAUCGCCGGCGGUGAACAGAUCCGGCGGCGCUAUUAUGGCGGCGGCAUCGAUGCAGGGAGUGGUGACUGAGGCGAUGAGCCUGAUCCAAACGGCGUCGCCGACCUGGAAGUCCGCGGUGGCUAACAAUGUGUUGAUAUUCGUUCUCGGGUCGCCGCUUCUCGUCACCGGAUUGUCGGCUUCCGGGAUCGCCGCGGCGUUCUUGCUCGGGACUUUGACUUGGAGGGCUUACGGGUCUGCUGGGUUUCUCUUAGUCGCUGCUUAUUUCGUUUUGGGAACAGCGGCAACAAAGGUUAAGAUGUCCGAGAAGGAAGCGCAGGGAGUAGCCGAGAAGAAGAAAGGUAGAAGAGGACCACGCAGUGUGAUUGGUUCAAGUGCUGCUGGCUGUGUCUGCGCUAUUCUCUCAAUAUAUCAAGUUGGAGGAUCAGCUUUCUCUCAGCUUUUCCGCCUUGGUUUCGUUUCCAGUUUCUGCACUAAAGUCUCCGACACCGUCUCCAGCGAGAUAGGGAAAGCUUUUGGAAAAACUACGUAUUUAGCGACAUCAUUUAAGAUAGUACCAAGAGGAACCGAGGGAGCUAUGAGUGUUGAAGGAACAUUGGCUGGGCUUUUAGCAUCAUUUUUUCUUGCCUCUGUUGGCUGUUUCCUGGGUCAGAUAACUCCUCCAGAAGCAGCUGUUUGUGUACUAGCUUCCCAGAUUGCCAAUCUUGGAGAAAGCAUAAUAGGUGCAUCUUUUCAAGACAAAGAAGGCUUCAAAUGGCUAAACAAUGAUGUAGUCAACGUGAUCAACAUAAGCUUGGGAAGCAUCGUGGCGAUAUUGAUGCAGCAGUUUAUACUCCAGAACUGGGUCAAGUAAAACCUGCCACAGUGGUCUCAUGGGGUUCUCUGUAAAGUUAAGGUUAUUUGUUAUUUAGCGUAUCGCAUUUGUUCUAAUGAUGUGUAAAUACAUGGUGUUAUGUAACAAUAGUCCCACAACAUGUUGAACUCGAUUCGCAGUUGAUAGAUUCUCUCCAGUAGACGAGAGAGGAGAACUCAAAAUCUCUUUAA